UCAAAAGACUCCAUUGUUUCGAGUCAAAUUCCGACAAUUUAAGCCACUGUUCUCGCUCUCUCCUCAGAAAAGACGGACGAACCAUGGAUAUCAAAACGUUGCCUCACAAUCUCCGUGAACAAGUUUCUUGUCCAGUGUGUACUAACAUAUACACAGAUCCAAAACACCUCCCAUGUCUUCACAGUUUCUGUCUGCAAUGCUUGCACAGAUCAAGCCAUGCCCAUGACACGAUCAGAUGCCCCAAAUGUCAAGUCGUUAGCAGAGUGCCUGAUAGUGGCGAUCUGAAAGAUCUUCCCACCAGUUUUUAUUUGAACGGCUUGAUUGAUGUGCUGGCCAUUAAAGAAUGCAAAACCAGCCAAGUUGGAUGUGGAAACUGUCAAAAGAAGAGCUCCGAGAGUUCUUACUGUUUCCAGUGUUACAUGUUUUGGUGUGAAAAGUGCGUCAUUGCACAUGACAUCAUUCAAAGCAAUAAAGAUCACCGUGUUCUAGCGCUAAAAGACUUUCAAGAAAAGGAUUACGAGGAUGUGUUGAAACGACCCUUGUUCUGCUCUAAACAGCGGCAUGAGAAAGAAGAAAUUAAAUACUUCUGCAAGAACUGCGAAACGGCAGCUUGCCAAAGCUGUGUUUGGAUACAUCAUAAGGAUCACGUCAUAUUGCACCUAGAGGAAGAGGCGGAAAGACAAAAGAUGGAACUAAAAUCACUGAUCGAAAUACAAAAGCACGAUUUGCAAGCAAAGAUUAACACUUUGGGUCGACUGGAUGAAGACUGCGCUAAAUUCAAACAACAAAGAGAUGAAAUCCAAAGUCAAGUGCAGAAGUUUGUGGACAAUUUAAUUGCAACUAUUGAAGCAAAGAAACAAAAUAUCAUCGCAACGGCGGACGAUGAAAUGAAGAGAUUCCUCGAAACUCUAAGAACACAAAAGACGGAGAUAGAGAGUGAAAUAAAGAUCAUCAAAUCAUCGCUGGAAAAAGCUGAAACAAUUCUAAAACGAAGCACACACGCCGAAUUCGUUCAACUAAAGAAGUCACUCGAGGAAAUCUUUCCAGGAACUAAUCAAAGCCAGCCAAACGACGGUUACCCGGAAAAGCCCCCUGUUUUAGCUUUCGUGGAAAACCCAAAGAUGCUAAGUACCAUAAACGCCGAAGAAAUUGGAAUGUUGAAAAUAGCCCACCAAACAAAAGCAAAUCGGUCAGUUGCUGAAGUAAAAGGACUUCAAGAAGCAAUUGCUAACCGUCAAGCACACUUUUCUUUGACCACAAGGGACUAUAAAGGAAGACAGUGUUACAAUGAAGGUGACCAUGUAACGGUGGAGAUCACUGACGAACAAGGAAGCGACUGCGCAACGGAAUUGCAAAUAAUUGACAAUAAGGAUGGACUUUAUAAAAUCAGUUAUUCUCCCAGAAAUGAAGGAAGAUGUGAAGUGACGAUAAAGGUAAAUGGGGAACAUGUGCACACAAGUCAAUUUAUUGUCCUUCUAAAACCAUUUCAGUUAAAACCUGUAUCAGCUUUUGGGUUCGAGGGUUCGUCGGUUGGAAAGUUUUCUUAUCCAUGGGGGGUUGCAGUGAACGCUAACGACGAGAUCGCUGUAACUGAUCAAUUCAACAACAGAGUUCAAAUUUUCAGUAGUGAAGGAAAGUUUUUAAGAUCAUUUGGUAAGAAGGGUGACAAUGCGGGAGAACUGAACAGUCCUCGAGGAAUAACAUUUCAUAAUAAUGGUAAUAUUUUUGUAGCAGACUGUUACAAUCAUAGAAUUCAGAUUUUUAGCGGCGAGGGUGAGUUCGUGGGAAGUUUUGGUGGGGAAGGAAACCUUGAAAGUCAGCUAAAGAAUCCCUCGGGUCUGUCUGUGGACAGUGAGGGAAAUAUCAUUGUUGCAGACAGAGGUAACAAACUGAUUAAGAUAUUUUCACCUGAAGGCAAGUUUCUAAAAAAGAUAAGUGGGCAGGGGUCUUUUGACUUUCCUUUGCACUGUAUUCAGUAUUCUAGAUAUCUCAUAGUGUCAUACCAUCGUGAUCAUUUUAUCAGAGUUUUUGACAGGUAUGGAAAUUUUCAGCGCGAGUUUGGAAAGCAUGGAACAGGAAACGGGGAGUUUAAUCUUCCAAAAUGUUUGUUAGUGAACAAGUCAGGACAACUUAUGGUCUGUGACUCAGGCAAUAAUAGAAUACAAGUCUUUGAACUAAAUGGAAAGUUUGCUGGUAAGUUUGGAACACGAGGUGAAAAUUUAGGGAAAUUCAUUUAUCCAAGUGCAAUAGCUGUUCUCAGUACAGGGAGAUUUGUUGUUGCUGAUUCUAGUAACCAUCGUAUUCAGAUAAUUGAGUAGUCCACGUUCGCUCUGGUGAACUGUUUGGCUUAUUUUAAGCAGAGUUAAAUUCAGCCACUUUCUAAAUAAAUUAAUUGAGUUUUAUAUAAAAUCAACAAAAAUAGAAAUAAAGUAAUAAGAGAGAAAUGAAAACAAAUUCCACACAUUUUCUUUAACUUUUGGCAGAAUGGUAGGACUGAAACAAAGGUUAAUCAAAUCCAAUAUGUACACAUUUGAAGCAUUCUGAUGUAAGCGUAUUGCUACUGAGAAUGUUAUGUUCACAGAACUUUUUCAAUACAUUUGGUAUUCAUUAUUUUAACAAACAAAAGGUUGUGGUUAUUCAUUAUGAUUUGGUUCAUGUACAAUGUACUGAUGUUGAACAAAACGUUUUUCAUUUUU